GCGGUGGCGGCCGGGGGCGGGCGGUGAGCGCUGCGGGGCGCUGUUGCUGUGGCUGAGAUUUGGCCGCCGCCUCCCCCACCCGGCCUGCGCCCUCCCUCUCCCUCGGCGCUCGCUGGCUCGCUAGCGGCUCGCGCGCGCGCCUCUCCCCUCGCAGCCGGCCGGGGCCGGGCCGACCCCCGCCCGGGAGCCCUCGUCGGCCCCGCCGCCCGCGCCGGGAGCUGUUUCCGCGCGCAGGUGAAAAUGGCCGAGAACUUGCUGGACGGACCGCCCAACCCCAAACGAGCCAAACUCAGCUCGCCCGGCUUCUCGGCGAAUGACAGCACAGAUUUUGGAUCAUUGUUUGACUUGGAAAAUGAUCUUCCUGAUGAGCUGAUCCCCAAUGGAGGAGAAUUAGGCCUUUUAAACAGUGGGAACCUUGUUCCAGAUGCUGCUUCCAAACAUAAACAACUGUCGGAGCUUCUGCGCGGAGGCAGUGGCUCUAGUAUUAACCCAGGAAUAGGAAAUGUGAGUGCUGGCAGCCCCGUGCAGCAGGGCCUCGGCAGCCAGGCUCAGGGGCAGCCGAACAGUGCAAACAUGGCCAGCCUGGGUGCCAUGGGCAAGAGCCCCCUGAACCAGGGAGAUACGUCAGCCCCUAGCCUGCCCAAGCAGGCAGCCAGCACCUCUGGGCCCACUCCCCCUGCUUCCCAACCACUGAAUCAGCAAGCACAAAAGCAAGUGGGGAUGGUAACCAGCAGCCCUGCCACGUCGCAGACAGGACCUGGAAUCUGCAUGAAUGCUAACUUUAACCAGACCCACCCAGGCCUCCUCAAUAGUAACUCUGGCCACAGUUUAAUGAACCAGGCCCCGCAAGGGCAGGCGCAAGUCAUGAAUGGAUCUCUGGGGGCUGCUGGCAGAGGAAGGGGAGCUGGAAUGCCGUACCCUGCUCCAGCCAUGCAGGGGACCACGAGCAGCGUGCUGGCCGAGACAUUAACGCAGGUUUCGCCGCAGAUGGCUAGUCACGCUGGACUGAACACGGCACAGGCGGGAGGCAUGACAAAGAUGGGAAUGGCUGGCAACACAAGUCCAUUUGGCCAACCCUUUAGUCAAACUGGAGGGCAGCAAAUGGGAGCCCCUGGAGUGAACCCGCAGUUACCCAGCAAGCAGAGCAUGGUCAAUAGUUUACCUCCCUUCCCCGCAGACAUCAAGAACGCUUCAGUCGCCAACGUGCCAAACAUGUCUCAGAUGCAAACGUCAGUGGGAAUUGUACCCACACAAGCAAUUGCAACGGGCCCCACUGCAGAUCCUGAAAAACGCAAACUGAUACAGCAGCAGCUGGUUCUACUGCUUCACGCCCAUAAAUGUCAGCGACGAGAACAAGCAAAUGGAGAGGUUCGGGCCUGCUCGCUCCCACAUUGUCGAACCAUGAAAAAUGUUUUGAAUCACAUGACACAUUGUCAGGCUGGGAAAGCCUGUCAAGUUGCCCAUUGUGCAUCUUCACGACAAAUCAUCUCUCAUUGGAAGAACUGCACACGACAUGACUGUCCUGUUUGCCUCCCUUUGAAAAAUGCCAGUGACAAGCGAAACCAACAAAAUUUCUUAAUCAGUAACAACACUGACCUGCCGGGUAUCACUUCUGCUACUUCUGUUAAUCCUGUAACUGCAGCCAUCCUGGGGUCUCCAGCUAGUGGAAUUCAAAACACACUUGGCUCUGUUGGCACAGGCCAGCAAAAUGCUACUUCUUUAAGUAACCCGAACCCCAUAGACCCCAGCUCCAUGCAGCGAGCCUACGCUGCUCUUGGGCUCCCCUACCUGAACCAGCCCCAAACGCAGCUGCAGCCUCAGGUUCCGGGCCAGCAACCAGCACAGCCUCAAACUCACCAGCAGAUGAGGACUCUCAACCCCCUGGGAAAUAACCCAAUGAACAUUCCAGCAGGAGGAAUAACAGCAGAUCAGCAGCCACCAAACUUGAUUUCAGAAUCAGCUCUUCCAACUUCCCUUGGGGCCACAAACCCCCUGAUGAAUGAUAGCGCCAGCUCGGGGAGCAUCGGCGCCCUCAGCACCAUACCAACAGCUGCCCCUCCUUCCAGCACUGGCGUCCGGAAAAGCUGGCACGAACACGUCACUCAGGACCUGCGGAGCCAUCUAGUGCACAAACUUGUCCAAGCCAUCUUCCCAACACCUGACCCUGCAGCCCUGAAGGACCGCCGCAUGGAGAACCUGGUGGCCUAUGCUAAGAAAGUGGAAGGGGACAUGUAUGAGUCUGCCAACAGUAGGGAUGAAUACUAUCACUUAUUAGCAGAGAAAAUCUACAAGAUACAGAAAGAACUAGAAGAAAAACGGAGAUCACGUUUACACAAACAAGGCAUCUUGGGUAACCAGCCAGCCUUACCAGCCCCUGCAACACAGCCUCCCGGGAUUCCACAGGCACAAACUGUGAGACCUCCAAAUGGGCCCAUGCCCCUGCCAGUGAAUCGCAUGCAGGUUUCUCAAGGGAUGAAUUCAUUUACCCCAAUGUCCUUGGGGAAUGUACAGUUGCCACAAGCUCCCAUGGGCCCGCGCGCAGCGUCCCCUAUGAACCACUCUGUCCCGAUGAGCAGCAUGGGCUCCGUCCCAGGGAUGGCCAUUUCUCCUUCCCGGAUGCCUCAGCCUCCAAACAUGAUGGGUGCGCACGCCAAUAACAUGAUGGCCCAGGCGCCUGCACAGAGCCAGUUCCUGCCGCAGAACCAGUUCCCGUCCUCCAGCGGGGCAAUGAGUGUGAACAGUGUGGGCAUGGGGCAGCCGGCGGCCCAGACGGGCGUGUCACAGGGUCAGGUUCCUGGUGCUGCUCUUCCUAACGCUCUGAACAUGCUUGGGCCCCAGGCCAGCCAGCUGCCUUGCCCACCAGUGACCCAGUCUCCACUGCACCAGACGCCACCCCCCGCCCCUGCUGCCGCGGCCAUGCCAGCUCUCCAGCACCCUCCAGCGCCUGGGAUGACUCCUCCCCAGCCCGCAGCUCCCACCCAGCCGUCAACUCCUGUGUCGUCUUCUGGGCAGACUCCCACCCCGACCCCCGGUUCGGUGCCCAGUGCUAGCCAAACCCAGAGCACCCCUACUGUGCAGGCGGCGGCCCAGGUGACACCGCAGCCACAGACCCCAGCCCGGCCCCCGUCUGUGGCCACCCCUCAGGCAUCACAGCAGCCCACGCCCGUGCACACCCAGCCCCCCGGCACACCGCUUUCCCAGGCAGCUGCCAGCAUUGAUAACAAGGUCCCCACUCCAUCUUCAGUGGCCAGCGCUGAAACCAACUCCCUCCAGCCAGGGCCUGAUGUGCCAGUGCUAGAAAUGAAGGCUGAGGUCAAGACCGAGGACACUGAGCCUGAUGCCAGUGAAGCCAGGGGGGAGCCUGGGUCUGCGAUGAUGGAAGAGGAUUUGCAAGGAUCUUCUCAAGUUAAAGAGGAAACAGACACAGUAGAGCAGAAAUCAGAACCGAUGGAAGUGGAGGAAAAGAAACCUGAAGUGAAAGCAGAAGCUAAAGAAGAAGAGGAGAGCAGUACAAAUGGGACUGCCUCUCAGUCGGCAUCUCCCUCCCAGCCACGCAAAAAAAUCUUUAAGCCGGAAGAGUUACGCCAGGCUCUUAUGCCAACCCUGGAAGCGCUGUACCGCCAGGAUCCAGAGUCCUUGCCUUUCCGGCAGCCAGUAGAUCCCCAGCUCCUAGGAAUUCCAGAUUAUUUUGACAUCGUGAAGAAUCCCAUGGACCUUUCCACCAUCAAGCGGAAGCUGGAUACAGGGCAGUACCAAGAGCCCUGGCAGUAUGUGGAUGAUGUCUGGCUCAUGUUCAACAACGCCUGGCUGUACAAUCGUAAAACAUCCCGGGUCUAUAAGUUUUGCAGUAAACUUGCAGAGGUCUUUGAGCAAGAGAUUGACCCUGUCAUGCAGUCCCUUGGAUAUUGCUGUGGACGCAAGUAUGAGUUUUCCCCCCAGACUUUGUGCUGCUACGGGAAGCAGCUGUGCACAAUUCCUCGCGAUGCUGCCUACUACAGCUACCAGAACAGGUAUCACUUCUGUGAGAAGUGUUUCACAGAGAUCCAGGGGGAGAAUGUCACCCUGGGUGACGACCCUUCACAGCCCCAGACGACAAUUUCAAAGGAUCAGUUUGAAAAGAAGAAAAAUGAUACCUUAGAUCCUGAACCUUUUGUGGACUGCAAGGAGUGUGGCCGGAAGAUGCAUCAGAUUUGUGUGCUCCACUAUGAUAUCAUUUGGCCUUCCGGCUUUGUGUGCGACAACUGCUUGAAGAAAACUGGCAGAACUCGAAAAGAAAACAAAUUCAGUGCUAAGAGACUGCAGACCACGCGACUGGGAAAUCAUUUGGAAGACCGAGUCAACAAGUUUUUGCGGCGGCAGAAUCAUCCUGAAGCCGGGGAGGUCUUCGUCCGAGUGGUGGCCAGCUCAGACAAGACUGUGGAGGUCAAGCCCGGGAUGAAGUCACGGUUUGUGGAUUCUGGGGAAAUGUCUGAAUCUUUCCCGUAUCGAACCAAAGCGCUUUUUGCUUUUGAGGAAAUUGAUGGAGUGGAUGUGUGCUUCUUCGGGAUGCACGUCCAGGAGUACGGCUCUGACUGUCCCCCUCCAAACACAAGGCGUGUGUACAUAUCUUAUCUGGACAGUAUUCAUUUCUUCCGGCCCCGAUGCCUCCGGACAGCUGUUUACCAUGAGAUCCUUAUUGGAUAUUUAGAAUAUGUGAAGAAAUUGGGGUAUGUCACGGGACACAUCUGGGCCUGUCCCCCAAGUGAGGGUGAUGACUACAUCUUCCAUUGCCACCCCCCUGAUCAAAAAAUCCCAAAACCCAAGCGCCUGCAGGAGUGGUACAAGAAGAUGCUGGACAAGGCGUUCGCAGAGCGCAUCAUCCACGACUACAAGGACAUUUUCAAACAGGCAACUGAAGACAGGCUCACCAGUGCCAAGGAGCUGCCCUAUUUUGAGGGUGACUUCUGGCCCAACGUGCUGGAGGAGAGCAUCAAGGAGCUGGAGCAGGAGGAGGAGGAGCGGAAGAAGGAGGAGAGCACGGCGGCCGGCGAGACCCCCGAGGGCAGCCAGGGUGACAGCAAGAAUGCCAAGAAAAAGAACAACAAGAAAACCAACAAGAACAAAAGCAGUAUCAGCCGAGCCAACAAGAAGAAACCCAGCAUGCCCAACGUGUCCAACGACUUGUCCCAGAAGCUCUAUGCCACCAUGGAGAAGCACAAAGAGGUCUUCUUUGUGAUCCACCUCCACGCCGGGCCUGUCAUCAACACGCUGCACCCCAUCGUCGACCCUGACCCCCUGCUCAGCUGCGACCUCAUGGAUGGGCGGGACGCCUUCCUCACACUUGCCCGAGACAAGCACUGGGAAUUCUCAUCUUUGCGCAGGUCCAAGUGGUCCACGCUGUGCAUGCUGGUGGAGCUGCACACCCAGGGCCAGGACCGCUUUGUCUACACCUGCAACGAGUGUAAACACCACGUGGAGACGCGCUGGCACUGCACCGUGUGUGAGGAUUACGACCUUUGCAUCAACUGCUACAAUACGAAGAGCCACACCCACAAGAUGGUGAAGUGGGGGCUGGGCCUGGACGACGAGGGCAGCAGCCAGGGGGAGCCACAGUCCAAGAGCCCCCAGGAGUCGCGGCGCCUGAGCAUCCAGCGCUGCAUCCAGUCGCUGGUGCAUGCCUGCCAGUGCCGCAACGCCAACUGCUCGCUGCCGUCCUGCCAAAAGAUGAAGCGGGUCGUGCAGCACACCAAGGGCUGCAAGCGCAAGACCAAUGGGGGCUGCCCGGUGUGCAAGCAGCUCAUCGCCCUGUGCUGCUACCACGCCAAGCACUGCCAGGAGAACAAGUGCCCUGUCCCCUUCUGCCUCAACAUCAAACACAAGCUCCGCCAGCAGCAGAUCCAGCACCGCCUGCAGCAGGCCCAGCUCAUGCGCCGGCGGAUGGCCACCAUGAACACCCGCAACGUGCCUCAGCAGAGCCUGCCCUCCCCUACCUCAGCACCGCCCGGGACCCCCACACAGCAGCCCAGCACGCCCCAGACGCCACAGCCCCCCGCCCAGCCCCAGCCCUCACCUGUGAGCAUGUCGCCGGCUGGCUUCCCUAGCGCGGCCCGAACUCAGCCCCCCACCACGGCAUCUGCCGGGAAGCCCGCCGGCCAGGUGCCGGCGCCGCCGCCCCCCACCCAGCCGCCCCCCGCAGCCGUGGAAGCUGCGCGGCAGAUAGAGCGUGAAGCCCAACAGCAGCAGCAUCUGUACCGGGUGAACAUCGGUGGCGGUAUGGCCCCCGGGCGCACGGGCAUGGUGGCCCCGGGCACCCAGAUGGCCCCCGUGAGCCUCAGUGUGCCGCGGCCAGGCCAGGUUGGGGCGCCUGUGGUCCCCAGCCUGCCACCUGGCCAGUGGCAGCAGGCGCCUGUUCCCCAGCAGCAGCCGAUACCCGGCAUGCCCAGGCCCGUGAUGUCCAUGCAGGCCCAGCCAGCCGUGGCCGGGCCGCGGAUGCCCAGCGUGCAGCCCGCACGCAGCAUCUCACCUGGCGCCCUGCAGGACCUGCUGCGGACCCUGAAGUCGCCCAGCUCCCCACAGCAGCAGCAGCAGGUGCUCAACAUCCUCAAGUCGAAUCCCCAGCUGAUGGCCGCGUUCAUCAAGCAGCGCACGGCCAAGUACGUGGCCAGCCAGCCUGGCUUGCAGCCCCAGCCGGCCCUGCAGCCCCAGCCUGGCCUGCACCAGCAGCCGGGCCUGCAGAACCUGAGUGCCAUGCAGGCUGGUGGGCCGCGGGCCGGUGUUCCUCCUCAGCAGCAGGCCAUGGGGGGCCUGAACACCCAGGGCCAGGCCCUGAACAUCAUGAGCCCGGGGCACAACCCCAGCAUGGCGAGCAUGAAUCCGCAGUACAGGGAGAUGCUGCGGAGGCAGCUGCUCCAGCAACAGCAGCAGCCGCCGCCGCCGGGGGGUGCGGGCAUGGCGGGGGGCAUGGCCGGCCACAGCCAGUUCCAGCAGCCACAAGGACCGGGCGGCUACGCCCCUGCCAUGCAGCAGCCACGCGUGCAGCACCUGCCCAUGCAGGGCGGCUCUGUGGGCCAGAUGGCAGCUCCGCUGGGGCAGCUCGGCCAGAUGGGGCAGCCUGGGCUGGGCGCGGACGGCACCCCCAGCAUCCAGCAGGCCCUGCAGCAGCGGCUCCUUCAGCAGCAGCAGAUGAAGCAGCAGCUGGGGUCUCCGGGCCAGCCAAACCCCAUGAGCCCCCAGCAGCACAUGCUCUCAGGACAGCCUCAGGCCGCACACCUCCCUGGCCAGCAGAUGGCCACGUCCCUCAGCAGCCAGGUCCGGUCUCCGGCCCCGGUCCAGUCCCCGCGGCCCCAGUCCCAGCCUCCACAUUCCAGCCCGUCGCCACGGAUACAGCCCCAGCCUUCGCCUCACCACGUCUCCCCCCAGACUGGCUCCCCCCACCCGGGACUCGCAGUCACCAUGGCCAGCUCCAUAGAUCAGGGACACUUGGGGAACCCCGAACAGAGUGCGAUGCUCCCACAGCUGAACACCCCCAACAGGAGUGCAUUGUCCAGUGAGCUGUCCCUGGUCGGCGACACCACAGGAGACACCCUAGAGAAGUUUGUGGAGGGUUUGUAGCAUUGCGAGAGCACCACUUUUUUCCCCCUUUCAUCUUGGACCUUUUGUACUGAGAUCCAGGCAUCUAGGCUCUUUUUAUUCCUGGAUGGAACUGCUGCUUCCCCGCCACGGAAGGGUAGAUUGCUGUUUAAAGAAACAAUACAAAGAAUAUAUUUUUUUGUUAAAAACCAGUUGAUUUAAAUAUCUGGUCUCUCUCUCUCUCUCUCUCUCUCUCUCUGUUUUUGUUUUUUUGUUUUUUUGUUUUUUUUGGGGGGGAGGGGGGUUUGUUUGGAUUCUUUUUGUCGUCAUUGCUGGUGACCCAUGCCUUUUUUUAACGGGAAAAACAAGUUCAUUAUAUUCAUAUUUUUUAUUUGUAUUUUCAAGACUUUAAACAUUUAUGUUUAAAAGUGAGAAGAAAAAUAAUAUUCAGAAACUGAUUCUUGAAAUAAUGCAAGCUUAUAAUGUAUCCCGAUAACUUUCUGACGUUGCGGGAAGAUUUUUCUAUGGUGAACUCUGUGGGCGCUCUCCAAGUAUUACCCCCGGACGAUAGGAAUCGGCUCCCGCGUGCACACAUGUACACCCACACACAUCUAUCUAUACCUGCUGGCUUAAGCCAAACUCUUGUCUUGCAGAUGUAGAAAUUGUUGCUUUGUUUCUCUGAUAAAACUGGUUUUAGACAAAAAAUAGGGAUGAUCACUCUCUUAGACCAUGCUAAUGUUAAUAGAGAGAAGCAUUCUUUUCUUUCUUCUAUGUGAAACUUGAAAUGAGGAAAAGCAAUUCUAGUGUAAAUCAUGCAAGCGCUAUAAUUACUAUAAAUAAGAAAAUUCAAGAAGAUUCAAUCACUGUAUAGAAUGGUAAAAUACCAACUCAUUUCUUAUAUUGUUAAAUAAACUGUGUGCAACAGACAAAAAGGGUGGUCCUUCUUGAAUUCAUGUACAUGGUAUUAACACUUAGUGUUUGUUUGGGUUUUUUUGUUAUGAAAAUGCUGUUUUCAACAUUGUAUUUGGACUAUGCAUGUGUUUUUUUUCCUCAUUGUAUAUAAAGUACCGCUUAAAAUUGAUAUAAAUUACUGAAGUUUUUAACAUGUA